AUGACGAAUAUUGACUCCCAUGUUCGUUCACGUUUUUCUAAGACACUAUCUAUUCCAAGUGCUUUGAAUGGACGUGCUUUCAUUGAUAUAGCCAAAUCAGGUAGUGGAAAAGUCAAUGCAUUUAUUUGGUCAGCUAUUGUUCAUAUGAUGACUCAAAUAAAACAUCAAGUUGAUGAUAUCACUAUUGUCUUAAUCUGUGCUCCUCAACGUGAAUUAGCUGAACAACUUCAUCUUGAAUAUAAACAAUAUGAAAAACCACGUAAUAUUAAUUCUGUAGGUGCAUUUGAUAGUGGAAAUAUGCAUGAACAAAUAAUGUCUUGUCACAAAGAAUGUGAAAUACUUGUUUGUGCACCUGAUAGUCUUAUUGAUUUAAUUAAGAGAAAACGGAAACCACAAGUUCGUUCAAUUGCUGAUCGUGUAAAUUCUGAUCAACAACGCUUAUUGCUUAAACGAAAUAUUCUUACGGAUCGUGUUCCAAUUGUUCAAGGUGAAGUUAGCGAAGGAAAAGUUCUAAUAUUUGUUACACAUAAAGAUAAUUUUACUGAUAAAUAUUUUCAAACGAAAUAA